AUGGGGAUCGAGAGCUGUUUACGAAGAGCAAGAGAGUGCCUUUAUUGGCCUGGAAUGAACAGCGAAGUGAAAGCAUAUGUCCAACAGUGCGAGACUUGUCGGGCGUUCGAUAGUAAACAGUCAAAAGAGCCGCUGCAUCCCCAUGAUCCUCCGGAAAGACCAUGUUCUAAAGUGGGAGUGGAUAUCUUCACGUUCAAUGGUCGUGAUUAUCUGCUGACGGUUGACUACUUUUCAAGCUAUUGGGAAAUUGAUCUGUUGGAGGGUACGAAAUCGAAGGCCGUUAUACGUAAGCUGAAAGCCCAGUUUGCAAGAUUUGGGAUUCCAGACGUAGUGAUGACGGAUAAUGGACCUCAGCUUUCGUCUAAAGAGUUCGAGAACUUUGGAAAAUUGUGGAAGUUCGAGCAUGUCACAUCAUCUCCAAGAUACCCGCAGAGCAACGGUAAAGUUGAGAGGGCAAUUCGGGAUGCUAAACAGUUGAUGAAAAAAGCGAAGAAAACUGGGAGUGAUCCAUAUCUGGCGUUGUUACGUUAUCGUAAUACUCCCACUCAGUCGCUGGGAAGCAGCCCAGUGCAACGUUUGAUGAGCAGACGCACAAAGUCGCUUUUACCAACCACCAAGGCACUGUUACGCCCGAAAGUAGUCAAUAACGUAAUAAAGAAGAUCAAGGCACGUCAAUUGAGGGCAAAGAAGUAUUAUGAUCGAGGUACGAGAGGUUUAACCGAGCUGAAACGAGGGGAAACAGUGAGAAUAGUUUCGGCAAGCCAAGAGAGAACUGGAGCUCAGAAGGCAAAAAUACAGCGCAAGGUUGGAAUUCGCUCGUAUGAGGUGGUCACUGAGGGUGGUAAGGUGUAUUGUAGAAAUCGACGGCAUCUCCGAAAGACGAAUGAACCUCUGAUGGGUCGCGAAGUAGAUGUUCGGGGGCAAGAUGAUCAAGAACCACUGAUUGUGACCGGGCAGUGUCGUCCGUUGGAGGGCUUGGACAGAGUUGAACCAAGACAAGACCGGGCAGAGGAGGUCAUGCGAAGAACACGCUCGGGAAGAAGUAUUAAACUGCCAGAACGGUUUAGAGAUUUCGAAAUGAACUGA